AGACUGCAAAAAAUGUGACCGCAAAUGAAGUGACUUAAGAAACUGAAAUUGCAUAUUGCACUGCACCAAACCAGUAAAUUUAAAAAAAAAAAGAAAAGAGAAGAAAAAGGAGAAGAGUAAAAGGUUGCAGCUGAUGAGCAGUGAUGGUAUCUCUCAGUAUGAAGGUGCAGCGAAUUCACUGAGAGCGCAGGCAGUUGUGUAGAGCGGGGGGUCACGUGACCCGGGCUCGCGGCCCGCUGUGUUUGGAGUACACGGAGAGAGAAAGCGAGAGAGCGAGCGAGAGAGAGGAAGCAACAUGGCGACUGCGAGCGACCCGAAGCGGGACGCCGGCCGUUCGCUUUGAGCUUUCCUCGUGUAAACCGACUCCGUGGCUUCACCGGACUACCGCAUCCGCGUCUCUGCGAGAUUAUCUUUGCGUCGGCGCCCGAAAAUCCGAGUUCUCCGCACUUCCGGUGCGCGCUAGGACGGAGAAAGGAAAGAAUAGGUUUUUCUAUGUGUAAUGAGGGGGAGAAGAGGCAGGCCGCCCAAAACCCUGCUGAUGCAGGAGCCUUCUCCAGGGCCAGUGCGCGGUCUCAGACCCCGGAAAGGACUGAAGGGGAAGCGCAGAGGGGGCAGCGACGACGAUUUCGUGACCCCCAAGCGGGGAAACCCUCAUUCAUCGCGCGGGAAGAGGAAAGCUGGGUCCGUGGCGUCGCGGGGUAGAGGCAGGGGCAGAGGCGCUGGAAGAGGCAGGGGGAGACGGAGCGCCGCGAGCGCCGUGGUCUACGACGACCACGAGAGCGACGAAGAUGAGGACGCGGUGAGUUUAGCCUCGGAGGAGGAUGAGUACAUGGAAGAAGAACCCCUCACCGAGGAAGAAGAUGAGGUCAUCGACAACGAGUCGGACUACCUCGAAGAGGAAGAAGAAGACGAUGCCAGCUUCUGCACAGAGAGCAGCCACGGCAGCACUCCAGGCCGGAGGAGACGGCGAGCCCGGCGGCCUCCGUCUCCUGUCCUGGAGCAGAAAGAGAUCCCUCUGCUGGAGCUGCCCAAGUCCUCAGAGGACCUGCUCAUCCCCCCCGAGCAACUCCUGAGCGCUUCCGCCGUGUACGAGGUGCUGCGCAGUUUCAGCACAGUGUUGCGUCUCUCGCCCUUCCGAUUUGAGGACUUCUGUGCGGCGUUGGCGGGCCUGGAGCAGUGCGCGCUGCUGGCCGAGACGCACAUUGCGUUGCUCAAGGCCAUCCUGCGUGAGGAGGACUCCUCCAACACCACAUUUGGGCCCGCUGACCUUAAGGACAGCGUCAACUCUACACUGUACUUCGUGGACGGCAUGACGUGGCCCGAGGUGGUGCGAGCGUACUGCGAGAGCGAACCCGAGUACGGCGGAGCCGCACUUGAGCACCUGGAGGUUGAAGAGUACCCGUAUGGGCCGCUCGAGAGCAAGGUAAAGGUGCUGCAGUUCCUAGUGGAUCGCUUUCUCACCACCAACAUGGCCCGCGAGGAGCUGAUGAGCGAAGGAGCGGUGCAGUACGACGACCAUUGCCGCGCUUGCCACCGUCUGGGCGACCUGCUCUGCUGCGAAACGUGCUCUGCCGUCUAUCACCUGGAGUGCGUGCGGCCGCCUCUGGAAGCCGUGCCCGAGGAUGAGUGGCAGUGUGAGAUCUGUGUUGCACAUCGUGUCCCCGGCGUCAGCGACUGCAUCACAGAGGCCCAGAGGAGUCGUCCAUACCUGCGGCAGGAGCCCAUUGGCUACGACCGCCACCAGCGGAAAUACUGGUUCCUCAAUCGCAGAGUUAUAGUGGAGGAAGAUGGUGAUGAGCAGGAAGAGGAAGGGAAGAGGAUCUGGUACUACAGCACUAAAGUGCAGCUGGGGGAGCUGAUCAAGGUUCUGGAUAAGGAAUUCUGGGAGAAUGACCUCUGUGCUAUGCUGGAGGAGCUGAAAGAGGAGAUCUACGUGCACAUGGACAUCACAGAGGACCUCACUAACAAGGCUCGCGGCAAUAACAAGGCCUACCUCGCUGCCGCCAAUGAUGAGAUCCUGGAAAAGCAGAAGGCUCAUCAGGGGGAGCUUGAUGAGACGAAACCGAAAGCUGCAGAAAAGGAUACCCUUGGGUUAAAGGUCAACGAGGGAUCUGAGGGUGAUAACCCAGCCUCAUCAAUUGCCGAACCGCUUUUUGGACGACCAGACUCCGAUGACCGGAAUUCAUCCAGCAACAAGAUUGCGGUUGAUGCGCCUCCUGCUGGUGAGGAGAGCAACAGUGCAUGUGGGCGCCCUCAGACUGACUCUUCUGUCCCGUCAAAAGGAGAUCCUACAUCCUCGUCCACUGUAGAGGACCCUGGAGAAGGAGUGCAGAGGGAAUGUGCAGAUAAAAGCUUGGAGUCAGGUUGCGGAGGCAAUGAAGAGCCUGUCUUGCAGAGCGAGCCACCUCAGAUUGCUGAUGAGAACAGCUGCAGCAGUCACUUCUCAAUAUCUGACUGUCUGAGGGCUCCUGAGGAGCCGGAUCUCGCAGACCGCUCGUCUCAGUCCUCCCUUAACAGCCAGGAUGAUGCCGGUGAGGGUAAAGGGAAUGGCGAUGGCGGAAAAACAGGGUCGGCAACACGUAUGGUGACGCGUCUCCGAAACCCGGACAGCAAGUUAAGUCAGCGCAAAGUCAUGCAGGACAAGGACACCAGCUCACAGGAGAGCAAAGCACUUAAAGAGACUCCUCUGCUGUCCAGUUUGGUCCGGAAAGACCUAGGCCUGAAGACCAGCUCCAGCAAUGGGUAUUUUAAGCUUGGCCAGGAGGGCAAAUUCCGUGUCUACCACAACCAGUACAGCACCAACGCUCUGGCACUUAACAAACACCAGCAUCGCGAGGACCACGACAAGCGGCGGCAUCUCUCGCACAAGUUCUGCAUGACACCUGCCGGUGAGUUUAAGUGGAACGGCUCAGUGCACGGCUCGAAAAUGCUGACCGUGUCCACACUGAGGCUCACCAUCAUCCAGCUGGAGAACAACAUCCCUGCACCUUUCCUGCAUCCCAACUGGGCAUCACACAGGUCCAACUGGAUAAAAGCUGUCCAGAUGUGCAGCAAAGCAAGAGAAUUUGCCUUGGCGUUGGCCAUUCUGGAGUGUGCGAUCAAACCAGUGGUCAUGCUCCCAGUAUGGAAGGAUUCUCUCGGUCACACGAGGCUCCACCGAAUGACCGCUAUGGAGAGGGAGGAGAAGGAGAAGGUGAAAAAGAGAGAAAAAAAGCUGGAGGAUGAAGAAACAAUGCAGCAGGCGACAUGGGUGAAAUACACUUUUCCCAUUAAGCAUCAGGUGUGGAAACAGAAGGGUGAGGAGUACAGAGUGACUGGUUAUGGUGGAUGGAGCUGGGUCAGUAAGACCCAUGUCCCACGCUUUGUUCCUAGAUUACCUGGAAACACAAAUGUCAACUACCGAAAAGCACUUGAAGAAGCAGCUAAUGCUGUCGUUAAACGGCAGCCAUCUUAUUCAGAGAAAUGCCAAAUCCCCGAAACCCCAAAAGAACACUCAUCUAUAGAGGAGCAAACACUCGAAGGAGAGGAUGAACAAAAGGGAGAAAAGAUGGAGGUGGAUGAGAAGGCUGUGGAUAAGAGUGAUGAGAUUAACAAAAAUGAAUCCUCUGAAAAGAUGGACACAAGCACCUCUGAUUUAACUAGCCCCAGUGAAGAAAAAGGUGACAUUAAAAGCCCACCUUUACCUUUAACGAAUGAUCCGUGCGUAAAAGCGGAAUCUGUUGAUUCAGAGGAGUCCAAAGCCGCCGCUGCAGUUCAGCCUCGGGCAUCAUUUGAAGAUGUUGUUAAUGUCAGCCAGGGCUUUCAGCUUCGCACAGCUUACAAGAAGAAGGGCAAAGGAUCAAAGCUCGAUUGUCUUCUGGAGCGGCGAGUCAAGCAGUUCGCUUUGGAGGAGAGACAGAGGCUGGACAAGCUUAAGCAAAUUGUUGCCUCAAAACCCAUCAGUGAAAAUGGGACAAAGGAUCAGGAGAAAACCAGUCCAUCUCUGAACCAACAGCUUAAAACUGAAGGACCUGCUUUUGAAGCAACAAAAACUGUUGGGACUGAUAACGCAGCAAACCCAAUGGUAAAGGAAAAAGAUCCUGUAGUACAAAAGCUCGAUUUUGACCAAGACGAACAGGUGGCGCGUGGUUCUCCUGAAGCUGAAAAUCUUGACGUCAGGCUGGGAUCCAAUGUAAAGACUGAAGCAGCUGCAUUUCUUGCAGAAACGGAGCAAAAAGUAGCACCAGAACUGGAGCACAAAACAGGGAAUGGCACGUUAAUAACAGACGCUGAGCUUAAUGGAGGUUCUCUGAAAGAUUUGGAAGGCAGCGUUAAUUCAAACAGCAAAAUGGCAUGCCCUAAAUUUGAGGAUACAGAGAAGGAAGGUUCAACCGAAACAAGUUCUUCCAUGGCAGAGAAUGGCCUAAGUUUAAAAACAAGCUUACCGUUGCAUGUCAAUGGCAGUGAUGGUUCAAUGGACACUCUGCCUACAGAGUUGACCAAUAACAUCAACUCAAAGGAAGAUGAAGAGGAGGAGGAGGCAAAAACGCUUCCUUCCAAGGAUCCUAUAAAAUCGCUAAUGAACGGUGACCUGACUCAAGGCAGUCAGAACGAGAAAGCUCAGCCUAAUGAGGAGAGUCAUGUGGAGAAGUCAAACUUGGAGUAUCUGCCCUCUAAGAUUGCCAAACUUGACAGCAGCAGUGAGGGAAAAGCUGAUUCAGCGAUUAGUUCUUCUCCUUCCCAACUUUCUCACGUUGAAACUGUAAAGUCAGUCGGGAUUAGUAACAGUACCAAGGUAUCACCAAUGGAGACUGAAGAGGCUAAGUUGAAAACUCUCUUCCCAUCACCUAUUCUGUCAACAGAGGAGUCCAGCCUAAGCAGUGAUGUUGCUGAGAAUAGCACUAACAGUAGUAUUGCGGCCAAGACCAUAGUUACGCAAGUCACCACCACUACUACAACCACCACUACAGUGUCCACUGAGUCACACAGUGUUGAAGCAUCCAGCUUGCCUGAUGGUACGACUGACAUCAAAGCUCCUUCAGCCUUGACAUCAGCUGAACCAAAAGUGGAAUCCACACUGUCAGUCUCAACUCUUUCCACUACAACCACUACCACAGUUACCAAGGUUGCAAACCUAACCCAUGGAGCCCGAGUUACAGAGCAGAGUAAGACCGUCGUCUCGGCAACGUUUACCGAUGCCAAGUCGGCACCCACAAGUACUAUUGUGACCUCAAUCAACCUGAGUAAAGAGUACACCACCAGAGACACAGUGCGGUUAUUAAAGUUCUCCCGCUGCAAGAAAACGCGCUCUGGUACAGCCCUUCCUUCAUAUCGAAAGUUUGUAACGAAGAGCAGCAAGAAGAGCAUUUUUGUGCUUCCCAACGAUGAUUUAAAGAAACUUGCUAGGCGAGCGGGUAUCCGCGAGGUGCCUGUCUUUAAUUACAAUGCCAAACCCGCUUUAGACAUCUGGCCCUAUCCGUCCCCGAGACCCACAUUUGGAAUCACAUGGAGGUACCGACUUCAGACGGUAAAGUCUUUGGCUGGAGUAAGUCUGAUGUUACGCCUGCUUUGGGCAUGCCUCAGGUGGGACGACAUGUCAGUGAAGCCCUCUCCUGCUGUUGGAACCACACGCACAGAAACAUCCGACACUGAAAUAACAACAACCGAGAUUAUUAAGCGAAGAGACGUGGGACCUUAUGGUAUCCGCUCAGAGUAUUGCAUCAGGAAAAUCAUUUGUCCCCUGGGUGUGCCUGAGACUCCCAAAGAGACCCCCACACCCCAAAGAAAAGGUCUGCGCUCAAGUGCGCUGCGGCCAAAGAAACCAGAGCCUUCUAAGCAGACGGGGCCUGUUGUGAUUGAGAACUGGGUGCCAGAGGAAGAGCUGGAGCUGUGGGAGAUACGAGCCUUUACUGAAAGGGUUGAAAGGGAGAAGGCACAGGCAACCGAUCCAACUAAGGUUAGUGUGCAGAAGACAGCUGAGGAGGUCAAGGCCCAGUUGGAAUCGCAACUAAAGCAACAGAGAUUGGCAGCUCAGCAGAAACGUUUGGAGCAGCAGAAAGCCGGAUUAACCAUAACCCAAUCAAACUUGGGCAGCACACCUAACAUCACUGCAUCGUCCACCCAGAAGGUGGUGGUAGGUUCUCUGACCAGUCCAGUCACCCCUGGGACAAAAGUAGUUCUUGCCACCAAGCUAGGUACUCCAGUCAAGUUUCAGCAGGGCAAGAACUUCCAGCAGUCCUUUGCCUCCUGGGUCAAGCAGGGCCAAAGCAAUACAGCCUCCACUGCUUCCGUUACCACAGUGGCGGCGAGUAGUGUCAGCGCGUCUGGGCAAACGUUCCAGAUUGCUGCUGCGUCAGGUUUGAUGACUGGCAAUGUCAUCACCGCCAAACUGCCUCUGCCGGCCAACAGCAAGAUAGUCACAGUGAACGUGCCAACCACGCAAGGAGGUGUUGUCCAGGUGCAGCAGAAGGUUGUGGGGAUCAUUCCAUCCAGUACAGCAGCCACGGCUCAGUCCUUCUCUUCAUUCCAGCCUCGCUCAGGCAGUAUCAACAUCCGACCCAACAACAGCACAUCCGCACAGCAGGUCACCACUACUGGAACCCCUGUUCGACCUGGGAUGACUGUUGUUCGUUCGCCCCUCCAACAGACCACAAGUUUAGGCAAGACCAUCAUUCGCACACCUCUAAUGGUUCAACAAGGUCAGGGUCAGCAGGUGGUAACUCAGAUUAUCCGAGGAACACCGGUGUCAAAGGCUGUGAGCAGCAGUGGCCCAACGCAGGUGGUGGGUUCUUCCCCUCGACCCUCCACCACUGGGCAGUCCCAGACACCACAGACUCCCAGCAGCACACGACCACAGCAAGGCCAAGUUAAACUAACCCUGGCCCAGCUAACGCAGCUCACACAAGGCGCUCAGGGUGGAAAUCCAGGUCUGACUGUGGUAAUCCAGGGUCAGGGGCAGACAACAGGGCAGCUGCAGGUUAUCCCACAGGGUGUGACUGUGAUCCCAGGCCCUGGUCAGCAGCUUAUGCAAGCAGCUAUGCCAAACGGCCAGGUGCAGCGCUUUCUCUUCACUCCUAUGGCACCAGCACCAGCUACUCCAGGUCCAAUUGUGUCCACACCCAGCACCUCAGCCACUCCAGCAAGCAGCAGCACAGCUACUACCACCGCCGGAUUUACCACUCCAACACGUCCAGCAAUACAACCUGCAGCCCAGGUCGCUCAACUCUCCAGCCUUCCCUCAUCUCCACCUAUUCUUUCUAAAUCCCAACCCACAUUACAGCCAGCUACCACAUCCCAAACAUCAACAUCAUCUGCUCUAGUUCCAACCCUGCACACUCAGUUUUCUUCACCACAGGCCCCACUGCAACCACAAUCCCAAAUCCAAUCCCAAACUCAGUCCCAACCACAAAGCCAGCCCCAAGCGCAGCUGCAGCAAACCCAGCCACAAGCCAAAACCCAACUACAGCUUCAAGGCCAGCUACAGCAACAACCCCAAAUCCAGUCCCAACCCCAACUUCAGACCCAGCUGCAGCACCAAGUUCCAUCACAACCCCAAUUAAAGCUUCAAAUCCAGUCUCAACAGCAAGCCAAAAUCCAACCCCUUCAGCAACUUCAACCCCAGCAGCAGCCACAACCCCAGGCACAACUUCAGCUUCAACAGCAGUCCCAACCCCAGGCACAACUUCAGCUUCAACAGCAGUCCCAACCCCAGGCACAACUUCAGCUUCAACAGCAGCCACAACCCCAGGCACAACUUCAGCUUCAACAGCAGCCACAACCCCAGGCACAACUUCAGCUUCAACCGCAGCCACAACCCCUGGCACGACUUCAGCUUCAACAGCAGCCACAACCCCAGCCACAAUUUCAGCUUCAGCAGCAAACCCAGUCCCAACCACAACUUCAGCUUCAGCAGCAAACCCAUCUCCAUCUUCAGCCCCAUCAGCAAUCCAAACUCCAGCUUCAGCCUCAACAACAACCCCAACUCCAGCUUCAACAACAACCCCAACUCCAGCUUCAACAACAACCCCAACUCCAGCUUCAACAACAACCCCAACUCCAGCUUCAACAACAACCCCAACUCCAGCUUCAACAACAACCCCAACUCCAGCUUCAACAACAACAACAACCCCAACUCCAGCUUCAACAACAACAACAACCCCAACUCCAGCUUCAACAACAACAACAACAACCCCAACUCCAGCUUCAACAACAACAACAACCCCAACUCCAGCUUCAACAACCACCACCCCAACUCCAGCUUCAACAACCACCACCCCAACUCCAGCUUCAGCCCCAACAACAACCACAGCUUCAGCCCCAACAACAACCCCAGCUUCAGCCCCAGCUUCAGCCCCAGCUUCAGCCCCAACAACAACCCCAGCUUCAGCCCCAACAACAACCCCAGCUUCAGCCCCAACAACAACCCCAGCUUCAGCCCCAACAACAGCAACUCCAGCCUCAACAACAACAACCCCAACUCCAGAUUCAGCCUCAACAGAACCCCCUUCUCCAUUCCCAACCACAACUUCCACCCCAACAGCAACCUCAACUCCAUGCUCAGCCUCAGCAGCAACCCCAGGUUCAUUCCCAGCUGCAACAUCCAACUCAGCAGCCACAACUUCAGACACAGCCACAAACCCAAUCACAGUCUCAUUUGCCUGCUCCAACCCCUGUCCAGCCCACUUCCCCCUUACCUGUGUCUCAUGUAGCCCCAGUGACUUCACCCCCAACACAAGUAGCCUCCAUUGCUGUAGCCCCACAGGUAACUCAGACCACAGUAUCUCAGGUUCAUCCUCAGAUCCAGCUCCCUGCCCAGCUCCUUAAUGUUCCAGGAAUCCAGCAGCAAGUCCUGUCCCACAUCCAGAACCAAGUGGCAGCGCAGCUUCAGGCCCAGCAUGGCACCCUUCCCCAGCAAAUUAAACUGCAGCUCCCUAUACAGAUCCAGCAGCAGGGUGCAAGCCAGGUUCAAACGCAUCAGAUCCAAAAUGUGGUGACUAUUCAAACAACCAGUGUCCAGGAGCAACUCCAGCGCAUCCAGCAGCUGCGAGAUCAGCAGCAACAGAAGAAGAAGCAGCAAGAGGCUAAGAAGGAGCAGGCUCAGCAGGCUGCCAGCCAGAGCGAACUGCUGCAGAAACAGGUGGUCAUGAAGCAGAAUGCAGUCAUAGAGCACUUAAAGCAGAAGAAAGCAAUGACUCCUGCAGAGAGGGAGGAGAAUCAGCGGAUGAUCGUGUGUAACCAGGUGAUGAAGUUCAUACUGGAUAAGAUUGACAAAAAUGAAAAGCAGGCAGCCAAAAAACGGAAGCGGGAGGAGUCCGUGGAGCAAAAGCGCAGCAAACAGAACGCCAGCAAGCUCUCGGCCCUGCUCUUUAAACACAAAGAGCAGCUGAAAGCUGAGAUCCUGAAGAAAAGAGCUCUGCUGGAUAAGGAGUUACAGGUGGAGGUCCAGGAGGAGCUAAGAAAAGAUCUAAACAAGCUUAGGAAAGAGAAGGAGAAAGCUCAGGCUGCAGCAUCUCAAGCAGCCGCCACAGCCAUUAGUGCUCAGGCAGCUUCACUCUCCACGCACUCCUCCACGGUCACUUCACCCCCCUCCAGCCACAAACGCAAACGAGACGAGGAUCGCGAUGCCGUUUUGUCCAAGAGCAAGAAAAAGAAGAUGAUCUCCACUUCGUCGAAAGACAGCAAGAGAGACACAAAACUGUACUGCGUAUGCAAAACGCCCUACGACGAAUCCAAGUUUUAUAUUGGCUGUGAUCUCUGUUCAAACUGGUACCAUGGUGAGUGUGUGGGCAUCACAGAGAAAGAGGCCAAGAAGAUGGAUGAUUACAUCUGUAUGGAAUGUAAACGAGCACAGGAAGGCAGCUCAGAGGAGCUCUACUGCAUUUGCAGAACACCAUACGAUGAAUCCCAGUUCUACAUUGGUUGUGAUCGCUGCCAGAACUGGUACCAUGGACGCUGCGUGGGCAUUCUGCAGAGUGAGGCGACGCACAUUGAUGAAUAUGUGUGCCCUCAGUGCCAGUCUACAGAGGAGGCCAUGACCGUCUUGUCCCCGCUCACAGAUAAGGAUUACGAGGGUUUGAAGCGAAUCCUCCGCUCCUUACAGGCCCACAAAAUGGCAUGGCCGUUUUUGGAACCAGUGGACCCUAAUGAUGCUCCAGAUUAUUAUGGGGUCAUAAAGGAACCAAUGGAUCUCUCCACGAUGGAACAGAGGAUACAGAAACGGUUUUACAGCAAGCUAACUGAAUUUGUAGCGGACAUGACCAAAAUUUUCGACAACUGCCGCUACUACAACCCCAGCGACUCACCUUUUUACCAGUGUGCCGAGUUCUUGGAAUCCUUCUUUGUACAGAAGCUCAAAGCUUUCAAAGCAAGCAGGUCUCAUAACAACAAACUACAGUCUUCAGCUUCAUAGAAUACAACCACACGUGGUGCUAACGCACGUCUCUAAAGGAUUUUUUUUUUGAGGGGGGUGGGGUUGAGUGGGAAUUGGUGGUAAACUUUGAACAGUCAAUCCAAGGGAACCAGGCAUCUUCCAAGUCAAGGAUAUGCCCUACACAUUCUCCAUUUUCUUUCUCUUUCGACACAAACUGACGGUUCUUCCCCAGUCGACCAGCAACGCACAUGACUGCAGUGUUUAAAGCAGCAUCUCUUUGACUCCCCCUGCUCUCUGACUGUGGAGUGAACGGGCAGCGGAGGGAUUACAUGAAGCAUUUUGUAACAUUUGUUACCUCAAAUCAAUGACUUUUGGAUGAACCUCCUGUUUUUUUGUUUGUUUUUUUCUUUUUUUUUUUUUUAUCCUGUUUGCAUAAUCGAGGUUCCAGGUCUACAUAUACCUUUCAUGACAAUAGACAUGUUUUCAUGUGAUGUGCAAGAAUUAGGUGGGUCCUGGACACGACUGACUGUGUUUGACAAGCAGUUGGUUUUGUGGUGGAUUAGAGGUCAGGAUGCCUGAAAAAGAGCAAACUUUAUUCCGGUGCAGGUUUUUUGCUGUUUCAUGCCUGACUCACUGAAACAGCUGAAAAACCAAGAUCAGUUAAAAGGCAUUCUGUUUGUAUGUCUCUUCUUCCUUUUUCUUUUUUUUUCCUUUUGUAAUACAGUUGAAUUAUUGAUGUAUAUGAAUCGUAAAUAAAUGGAAAGAGUUGUCUUUCCCACACUGA